AUGUGUACCGAAAAGCUCUACUUAGGCAGUUGUAAACGUGGUCCGUAUGCCCACUUCGCGCAGAUCUACGCCUCCUUCCUUGUGGCCCUGGCCACCAGCGCCUCCGCAGGAUUCGUACCUGUAGCCGGCUAUCAAGCCGUGCCCGAGUACACCAAGGUUUACGCUGCACCGACGGCUUACGUCGCGGCCCCCGCCCCAGCUCUGUCCACCACCGUCCACCACACACCGGCCGUGUCCAAAGCCACCCGGGUAACCAGCUACCGCACCACACACCCAGUAGUGCCACAAACCGUCGCCAAGGUGUCUACGUACACGCCUGCUGUCCACACUGUCCACGCAUCAGUGCCGAGCACCGUUUCCGGAGUUGUCCAUGGGGUUCCCGCCUAUGGAUACGGUUACUACCCAACCCGGUACACCUACGGCCAUCCGUACGGCUACCACCCGCUGGGCUAUGGCUACGCCCACGGUCUCAUGCCAUACGGGCUCAACUACGGCUAUGGACUGAACGGUGUCAGCUAUGUGACCCCUGUCAAGAAGUGUACGUAUGAACGUUCUUUUUAUCUUCUGAAAUUCUAA